CCCGCCGGAACUAUUAGUCGGGCGCACCGGGGCACGUUUGUUGUUGAUGUGAAAGCUACACGCUGUUUCCUUUGUAUCUCUUACAGCUUAAACAACGCAUAACGCUCGUAUUUAAACAGCACAACCAUGGUGGGGAAGAUGAAACAUGUGCGGCCGAGGCUGCACCAGGAGGCGGUGAAGCUUGACAGGCCGCCGGGCUUCGGUUUGUCGCAAUCUGCGGAGAAACCACCGAGAACUGCGUCCGACGGUCCUGGUGCCCCCGUUCUGCGCAUGCGCACAUCCAGUUUCGCUCCUCAGCCUGAAAUAAAGAAGAGCAUCCUAAAGGUACCCACUGCCUUCCCCAAUUCUAUAUUUGCGGGCACUAAAAUCACCCCGGAGGCCCUGGUACAAACCCUGAAGUUUGAAGAACCCUCCGAUCUCCACAUGCAUAUCAAAAAAGGCCAGGAGGAGAGGAAGAUGAAGCCUAAGAAGGAGAAGAUGAAGGAAAGGAGAGACCGAUGGCUCAACAAGAUCAGCUCCAUCAAGCUGGCCCGGGAGCAGCAGGCGGCGUUGGCACGGCGACAGGCCACCCCCGUCGUGGGGGACAUGAAGGCUCUGGCCGACGCCCUCCCGGAACUCUCGGAGCUGAUUGGCCCCGCCUGCGCCGCCUCCGACUCCGCCCGACGCAACCGCAACCGCAAGAACAGAGUGCCUGUCAAGAAAAAGCCGGAGCCCACAGACUUCACUCUGAUGAAGCAGUCGCAGAAACGCAAACUCCUGGAGUCUGAGAUGAGUCGGUUCGGGGAGGCGAUCCGCUCCCUGGCCUCCCGCUCCAACCCCCUCGCUGACAUCGGAGAGCAGCUGAGGAAGAGGAUGAGGAAGCAGGAGGAAGGCCACCCGGGACCCUUAUAGGACGCCCCCCCCCGGGGUGUGGACUGGGGCAAGACUGUCUAGCCCCCCCCAUAGACUUGAAACAAGGAACAAACACACACAGGCCUCAGAAACAGGCUGACGCAGACACACGCGCGCGAGCGACCGCACACACACAUAGUUCUGUCCAACCCAUCCCCCUUUUAUAGAAUCAAAGUGAGGAUCAAACACACACACGCACACACACACACACACAUGGUCCUACGUUCGCACACACACCUCGGACACUGGCCAAACUACACACAUGGUAACCCACACACACACACACUCCUCCAUGUUUCUGGCGUUCGAUGGGGAUUCGAAUCCCAGAACCGGAAGUUUGCGACGCUCCUGGAAGACAAAUUCUCAGAUGUUUAUUAAAGUACGACAUUAAGCCCCCUUUCUGGUUUGUCUAGGAUGAAAUAGAGUAGUUAACACCGAAAUUUUUAAUAUCUGUCCUGUCUCGAGUGAUCAUUUCGAAUCGCCCCUGCCUGCUUCACAAUGGCUGGCUAUGGGCAUUCAAAAACACCCCUAAAUGUUUGUUUUCAGAAAUGUGAAACUCAUCGUAGUGGUGUUUGUUGAUGUUCCUUAUCAAGUAUCGUAGUGAAAUACAGUUUCUGUCGUGUUUUAUUUGGCAUUUUGAAAAUGAAACGGAAACUGGACCGGAACCGGAAAAACAAUAAACGGAAGUUUAGGUUGGUUUUAGUCUUUUCGCUUGGUUCUCCGUAUCAACAGUAAGGCUAGAACUGAGCGAAAAGACUACAAGCAACCUCCUUUCCGUUUCCGGUCUGGUUUCCGUUUCAUUUACAAAAUGCAGAUUUACAAAAUGCCAAAUAAAACAAGAGAAACGUAUUUCGAUGUAUUUCGCUACGAUACUUGAUUAGGAACAUCAACGAACACCACUAACAACUCGAUGAGUUUCACAUUUCUGAAAACGAAUAUUUAGGGAUGUUUUUGAAUGCCCAUAGCCAGCCAUUGUGAAGCAGGCAGGGGCAAUUCGAAAUUAGUGAAAUACUCGAAACAGGACCAAUAUUCAAAAUGUUGGUGUUAACCACUCUAUUUCAUCCUAGACAAACCAAAAAGGGGGCUCAAUUUUCAAAAUACCGGAAUUGUCCUUUUAAGUGUGUUAUGGAUGAUGGGGGAGCGGGGGGCGGGCGGGUGAAAUAAACCGCUCCAUUGGAUCAAACGAAGACAUUUCCUGCUGGUUGUGGCACUGUUGGCACUGGUGCCACUGGUGUUAUCUGUGUUACUGGUUGGUGCACCUGAGUACCAUUUGGUGGCAAUCUAUAAAGAGUGGUCGCAGCCCCUUUUUUUUUGGCCAUUUUGUCGGGGUGUUUGCAUGUCCUAUGACGCGUUCACCACUCUUCUGUUUUCAUUUGUUUGGAAAGAUUGUUUCACUUGAAAUAAAUUGUGAAAUGUU